GAGGAUAUUGUGUUGAUGCUGUACAGAAUGAGGUGAGGAGGACGCAUUGACUGGACAUAUUUCUUCAUUCAUCUAAUCAUGGCUGUGAUGACAUGGCGUGAUAUGUGGACGGUUGUCAUGGGUGACACACCAGACUUUUUACACUUCCAUCCAAUACUGGCCACAGUCUCCAUUUAUUUACUGAUAAUGGUGUUUUGCUACCUCAUGUACCAGCUCUCCAGUCUCCUUCCCUCACCACUACGCAGCUAUGCAUUUGACUUCUUCACCACAAUGGCCUUCUGUGCUUAUCCAUUCGGUCACAUCGUCAUACGACAGGCAUAUGGUGGUGUAGGGUAUAUGUCUGCAAUAGUGCCUUUAGUUAUAAUUUCUGUGAAUGUUUUCUCUAAAGGGACUGGGUCGCCACUAGGAUACUGGAUGGGCUUUUUACAAGGAACAACGUCUUUAUGGACUAUGAUAACACAUAUACCAGUACAGAUCCUGGCUGGGAUGGCAUCUUUCAUUCUCGGAAGAUACAUUUACAUGCUUGAUUUCCACGAAUCUUUCGCUUCUGCUCUUACUGAUGAGAGAUGCUACUCUGAUAUGAAGACAACACUGGCCGCAGGAUUUUCGGUGGAAAUGCUUGGCGUGACUUUCGAUGGCUGGCUGAAACAGCAGACCCUGAUCAAGGUCAAAUUCAUCGACUUGUUGCUCAAGGUCAUAAAUUGCAGUAUCUUGGUAAAUUUAGGAGUGAAUUUCACUGGUAUGUACAUGCACCCAGCCAUGGCAUCUGGUCUGACCUUUGGCUGUGACGGUACAGAGAGAUGGGAACACCUGUUUGUGUACUGGGUAGGUCCAUUCACUGGCUGUUUCCUUGCCCUCCAACUCAACAAAAUUGUGAAAAUUCCCGAUUUAUCUAACCUGCAAAGUCAAACAUCGAAGAAGUUUGAUGUCGACAGGUCUGGUAUUAACAAGAAUGGUUGGAGUAAACAAAACGGCACCAAUGGUAGAAUGUCCAAGACAUCAACAGAGAGUUCCAGGAAACAGGUCCGAAGAAGGAAGAAGAGAUGGUAUUAGCUUGUUGGAUGGGUUGAAGAUGUCACCAUCUAUUCUCUAAAUAUGCAAAACUGUUUAGUCCAAAAAUUAAUUUUACUGUAAAAAGAUGUUAUAUAUAAGGC